GAAACCGGAAGUCCGUUUUGCUGCCGUUGUUGACAACGAGCGCCCGUAGCGAUGCAGCGCGCUGCCAUUUGGUAGAUGAUCGUGUUUUAAACCGCGCACACUUACCUUGAUUGUAUGUACAUUUACCGUUUUGUUGUCCGGUUCUCAACUCGGAGCUGCUAACGUCGCGGACGUGUUUACAAGAAGCUCGUCGGUAACGGAGGAAGUCAGGCGGCCAUGGGAAGAGGGUUCAAACUCAGCCGACAUCAUUUCACCGAUUACUUUGCAUUUCAGCUUUUAUCACAGUUCGGUGCUUAAAACUGGUCAAGACAACACUCGUAGCAAGAUGACGAUGGAGCUGGACGUGUUCGUGGGCAACACCACCAUCAUGGACGAGGAGGUGUACCAGCUCUGGCUGGACGGAUACACAGUGAACGAUGCAGUGAGGGUACGGAUGGAUGGAGGGGUGAUGGAGGAGUGUGAGGCGAGUGCGGACGUUCUGCUGAGUGACACCAUGGACCAGUACAGGACUUUCCAGAUGUGUGAGCGUCUGCUGCACAGUCCGUCCAAACUAGGCAACCAGCUGCUGUUCCAGAUCCCACCUCAUCGACAAGCCAUGCUCAUAGAAAGAUAUUACACCUUCGAUGAUGGAUUUGUCCGCGAGGUCCUGGGAAAGAAACUCUCCAAAGGAACCAAAAAAGACUUGGACGAUAUUGGAGCCAAGACAGGAGUGACACUGAAGAGCUGCAGACGACAGUUUGACAACUUCAAACGUGUUUUUAAAGUUGUGGAGGAGCUGAAGGGCCCUCUGGUGGAGAACAUACAUCACCACUUUCUUCUCUCUGAUAAACUUGCAAGGGAUUACGCUGCCAUUGUUUUCUUUGCUAACAAUCGCUUCGAGACGGGGAAAAGAAAGCUGCAGUAUCUCACAUUCCAGGACUUUGCCUUCUGCGCCGGGCAGCUUAUCAGCAACUGGACCGUCGGGGCCGUCGAUAACAUGGUGGAAGACAUGGACGUGGAUCUGGAUAAAGAGUUUUUACAAGACCUGAAAGAACUGAAGGUUCUAAUCAAUGACAAAGAUUUGCUGGAUCAACACAAAAGCCUGGUCUGCACAGCUCUCAGAGGAAAGACCAACAAUUUGAACGAGAUGGAGACUAAUUUUAAGAAUCUAUCCAGAGGCCUUGUCAACAUUGCCGCAAAGCUAACCAACGCAAAGGACGUCAGGGACCUUUUCAUUGAUCUUGUGGAGAAGUUUAUUGAGCCGUGUCGCUCAGACCGAUGGACCUCUGCGGACGUUCGGCUCUACCUGACUCACUACAACAACUCCGUGCACCUUCUCGACACAUUCAAACAUCAGGUGGUGUGGAACAGAUACAUGGACGUCGUCAAAAGCUGUAUCUUCAAAAUGUACCACGACUGAAGCGGUGUCCUCGCUGCUGCUCCUUCUGGCUGCUCGCCCUCUCCGCGGCCGCCAUCUGCACCCUUUCGCUUUGUGCUUCAUCUGCUUGGUUUUGCCAGUGGUGAUAAUCUUUGUGUCUCCCUGUUUGCGUCCAUUCGGUGUCUGUACAUUUGGUUUGUAAAUAAAAAGGAAGGUAUUUACAUCAAAA